ACUACGGCUCCCAGCAGGCCGCGCGACGGGAGGGCGCCGGAUAUCCGGUGGGAAGGGAAGGGAAGGAGUGAAGAAGCGGAGGGCGGAGGAGAAGACGGUCUGGGGGGUCCUGGCAAAGACGGGGCCAUUAUGAUUCGCUUCAUCCUCAUCCAGAACCGGGCCGGCAAGACGCGCCUGGCCAAGUGGUACAUGCAGUUCGAUGAUGACGAGAAGCAGAAGCUCAUCGAGGAGGUGCACGCCGUGGUCACGGUGCGAGACGCGAAGCACACCAACUUCGUGGAGUUCCGGAAUUUUAAGAUCAUCUACCGCCGCUACGCGGGGCUGUACUUCUGCAUCUGUGUGGAUGUGAAUGACAACAAUCUGGCCUACCUGGAGGCCAUCCACAACUUCGUGGAGGUUUUGAAUGAAUAUUUCCACAACGUCUGUGAACUCGACCUGGUCUUCAACUUCUACAAGGUUUACACCGUGGUGGACGAAAUGUUCCUAGCCGGCGAGAUCCGCGAGACGAGCCAAACGAAAGUCCUGAAACAGCUGCUUAUGCUGCAGUCCUUGGAAUGAGAGAACUGGAUCGAAUUGGCCCCAUCCCCCAUCCUGCCCCGGGACUCCUCCUUGCACCCAGUCCCUGAAUCAGUGACUGUCUCAGAACAAAUUUAGCCACUCUCCAUUGGGGGGAGGGGGGAGGACACCCCCUCAAAUGGAUAAGAACCACAAGUCGAAAGUUUCAGUCCCACCUCCCCCAUGCUCGAAUGCGGCAGCUGAGAUCCCGGGUGGGUGGGUCUAAGGGGAGAGAGCGACUGUAUUUAAAAAAAAACAAAAACCUUUUUUGGGGCCCUGACACAACCAUCCCCGAACCUCUGUGUUUUCCCUCCAUAUAACCAGCGCGCUGUCUCUUCCCCCAACCCCCCAACCCCCCAGCUCCGUUCAUGUCCGUGUGUGUGCCGAGUCUGCACUAGAAGUGGGACCACAACUGUGUGUUAUCCAUUGGUGAGUGGCAGCCAUACCAUAUGGCCAGUGAUGUAUUGAAAUAAACCAUCUGUGAAACACUC